CGGGCCUAGAGCUUUGGGUCCCGACGAAACGAGCGGAGCCGACCGAGCCCCUGGAAUCGCUCGGGUCACGGUUCCUGAGGUGAAACCCGAGAUCGUUUACUGGAUUCCCAAGGCCCGGGCCGGGCCUGACGGAGGGUGCCCGGGGAGCCCUAACAGCUGCAGAGCGAGGGCAUCAAGGGCUGGAGUGGAGCAGACGCUGCCCAUGGAGCUGGGGGACAAAGUGGACAGGGGGCGGUGGUGAUGGCGCAGUUCGACACUGAAUACCAGCGCCUUGAGGCUUCCUACAGUGAUUCACCCCCUGGAGAGGAGGACCUAUUGGUGCACGUCCCUGAGGGGAGCAAAUCACCCUGGCACCACAUUGAAAACCUUGACCUCUUCUUCUCUCGAGUUUAUAAUCUACACCAGAAGAAUGGCUUCACUUGCAUGCUCAUCGGGGAGAUCUUUGAGCUCAUGCAGUUCCUCUUUGUGGUUGCCUUCACCACCUUCCUGGUCAGCUGUGUGGACUACGACAUCCUAUUUGCCAACAAGAUGGUGAACCAUAGUCUUCACCCUACCGAGCCUGUCAAGGUCACUCUGCCAGACGCCUUUUUGCCCGCCCAGGUCUGUAGUGCCAGGAUUCAGGAAAAUGGCUCCCUUAUCACCAUCUUGGUCAUCGCUGCUGUAUUCUGGAUCCAUCGGCUUAUCAAGUUCAUCUAUAACAUUUGCUGCUACUGGGAGAUCCACUCCUUCUACCUGCACGCUCUGCGUAUCCCCAUGUCUGCCCUCCCGUACUGCACGUGGCAGGAAGUGCAGGCCCGGAUUGUGCAGACCCAGAAGGAGCACCAGAUCUGCAUCCACAAGCGCGAGCUGACAGAGCUGGACAUCUACCAUCGCAUCCUCCGUUUCCAGAACUACAUGGUCGCCCUGGUUAACAAAUCCCUCCUGCCUCUGCGCUUCCGCCUGCCCGGCCUGGGGGAGGCCGUCUUCUUCACCCGUGGCCUCAAGUACAACUUCGAGCUGAUCCUCUUCUGGGGACCUGGCUCUCUGUUUCUCAAUGAAUGGAGCCUCAAGGCCGAGUACAAACGUGGGGGGCAACGGCUCGAGCUGGCCCAGCGCCUCAGCAACCGCAUCCUGUGGAUCGGCAUCGCCAACUUCCUACUGUGCCCCCUCAUCCUCAUCUGGCAGAUCCUCUAUGCCUUCUUCAGCUACGCAGAGGUGCUGAAGCGGGAGCCCGGGGCCCUGGGAGCACGUUGCUGGUCCCUCUAUGGCCGCUGCUACCUCCGCCACUUCAACGAGCUGGAACACGAGCUGCAGUCCCGCCUCAACCGAGGCUACAAGCCCGCCUCCAAGUACAUGAAUUGCUUCUUGUCCCCUCUGCUGACGUUGCUGGCCAAGAAUGGCGCCUUCUUCGCUGGCUCCAUCCUGGCCGUGCUUAUCGCCCUCACCAUCUACGACGAAGACGUGCUGGCCGUGGAACACGUCCUCACCACCGUCACACUCCUGGGGGUCACCGUGACCGUGUGCAGGUCCUUUAUCCCGGACCAGCACAUGGUGUUCUGCCCCGAGCAGCUGCUCCGCGUGAUCCUCGCGCACAUCCACUACAUGCCUGACCACUGGCAGGGUAAUGCCCACCGCUCGCAGACCCGGGACGAGUUUGCCCAGCUCUUCCAGUACAAGGCAGUGUUCAUCUUGGAGGAAUUACUGAGCCCCAUUGUCACACCCCUCAUCCUCAUCUUCUGCCUGCGCCCACGGGCCCUGGAGAUCAUAGACUUCUUCCGCAAUUUCACUGUGGAGGUCGUAGGUGUUGGAGACACCUGCUCCUUCGCUCAGAUGGACGUUCGCCAGCAUGGGCAUCCCCAGUGGUUGUCUGGUGGGCAGACAGAGGCCUCGGUGUACCAGCAAGCCGAGGAUGGGAAGACAGAGCUGUCACUCAUGCACUUUGCCAUCACCAACCCCGGCUGGCAGCCGCCGCGUGAAAGCACGGCCUUCCUCGGCUUCCUCAAGGAACAGGUUCAGCGGGACGGAGCAGCUGCCGGCCUCGCCCAAGGCGGUCUGCUCCCUGAAAAUGCCCUCUUUACGUCCAUCCAGUCCUUACAGUCUGAGUCUGAGGUGUGUUCCUGGGGACUGGGAGAUGACAGCAGGCAGAGUGGACUCCAGCCACUGAGCCUUAUCGCAAAUGUGGUAGCCGGCUCAUCCUGCCGGGGUCCCCCACUGCCCAGAGACCUGCAGGGCUCCAGGCACAGGGCUGAAGUUGCCUCUGCCCUGCGCUCCUUCUCCCCUCUGCACCCCGGUCAGGUGCCCACAGGCCGAGCUCCCAGCACCAUGACAGGCUCUGGGGUGGAUGCCAGGACAGCCAGCUCCGGGAGCAGUGUGUGGGAAGGACAGCUGCAGAGCCUGGUGCUGUCGGAAUACGCAUCCACCGAGAUGAGCCUGCAUGCCCUCUAUAUGCACCAGCUCCACAAGCAGCAGGCCCAGGCCGAACCUGAGCGGCACGUGUGGCACCGCCGGGAGAGCGAUGAGAGUGGGGAGAGCGCCCCUGAAGAGGGGGCAGAGGGCUCCCGGGCCUCCCAACCUAUCCCUCGCUCGGCUAGCUAUCCCUGUGCUGCAGCCCGGCCCGGAGCACCCGAGACCACCGCCCUGCAGGGGGGCUUCCAGAGGCGCUACGGGGGUAUCACAGAUCCUGGCACAGUACCCCGGGCUCCCUCUCACUUCUCUCGGUUGCCCCUUGGAGGGUGGGCUGAAGAUGGGCAGUCAGCAUCCAGGCACCCAGAACCGGUGCCCGAGGAGGGCUCGGAGGAUGAGCUUCCCCCUCAGGUGCACAAGGUAUAGACAAGGCUGAGAGGGUCCCUAUGUCCCAGGAUGGAGGCUGCUGUCGCUCUGCCAUCCCAUCCGCCUGCCAUGGAGGGCUCCUCUGAGUGUUGCCUGGCUCCACGUGUGUGGUGUCUGUGUGUCUGCCUGGCCAAGGGAGGUGCCAGCGCUGGGCUUGCCACAGCCCCAGGAGAGAUGGGGGCCCAGGAACCAAGGCACACAGGACUCCAGCCUCAUCCCCAGGAACCCCCUUGGCUCAGAGUGUGGUGCUAGAAACUGGUCCCCAGCCCAGCCCCAGUACUACCACCUUUGCACCCACCCCUGCAAGUCUCCAGAGGACUGCCCACCACAGAAGCUGCCAAGCAGGGAGAACCCGUGCCAACUGUGGAGUGGGGAGGUUGGGCCCAGACCCUCAGCCUCUGCAGCCUCCCUCCCCCACCCUGAACAGAUGAGCAGCUCAGGCUGUGGCCCUUACCUCACCCCCAGUUCACUCCCAGUGCUGCAGCCUGCUCACCUCUCUCCCGCUUCCUGCUCAUGACUGGCAUGUGUGCCACUUGCUCUGGUUCCGUUCGCUUGCUCCCAUUCUGUUCAGCUUUUGCUUUGCAUUGGUGCGGAGGCCCUAGAUCCCAGCUCCUCUCAUGCUAUCUUUUGACACUAAGAAGGAAGGUUUCUAAAUUGCAGGAGCAGGGUGGACAUUCUUUGCUGCCCUCUCCCAACUUUUAGGAUGGGCCCCUGGGAGACUGAGGCUGUUCUGGUCCCCAUUGCUGCUUAUUAUACCCCUUACCGCCUGCACAUAGGACGGACUGGACUGGUUGUGCCCUCGGCUGUCUACCUCCCAGCAGGAGAGCUCUGGCCUGCCUCCCGCUGUCCUCCAGAGGGGGACAGAGGGACGACAGGAGGCCUUCGCCCUAGGCUUUGAGCUGCCGCAUUGCAUGCUGGGAUCCAGCUCCUACUCUCCACCCCACCCCUCGCCCCUAUCUGGUCCGCUGCGGGUGUGGUCAACUGUGCUGCCCGAGCUCACAGCGGAAGGCGUAGGAACUGUGUACAGCUUGAUAACCCUUAAUAAAAAAGGGACUUUGA